CACUCUUCCCAGUUGGUCGCGCACACACAAAGACACACAUUUCUCUCUCUCUCAAUAGACUUUUUCUUUCUGCAACGAAAUUUUUAUUCUUGUUAUUCCGACGCCAUGACUUCUCCUUCCCCUUCUGCUCGUAAGGGUUUGAGCAAGAUCGCGUGCAAUCGGUUACAGAAAGAGCUGGUAGAGUGGCAGGUGAAUCCUCCCGCUGGAUUUAAGCACAAAGUUACUGAUAAUUUGCAGAGGUGGGUCAUAGAAGUCAACGGCGCACCCGGGACUCUGUAUGCUAACGAAACUUAUCAGCUCCAGGUUGAUUUUCCUGAACAUUACCCCAUGGAAGCCCCUCAGGUUAUUUUUCUUCCACCCGCUCCACUCCACCCUCAUAUAUAUAGCAAUGGACACAUUUGUUUAGAUAUAUUGUAUGAUUCCUGGUCUCCAGCAAUGACUGUUAGUUCCAUAUGUAUUAGUAUCCUCUCCAUGUUGUCAAGCUCAACAGUGAAGCAACGUCCAGCAGAUAACGAUCGCUAUGUGAAGAAUUGUAGGAAUGGGAGAUCGCCAAAGGAGACACGAUGGUGGUUCCAUGAUGAUAAAGUAUAAGUAUUCAAGGUUACCGGUCGAUGUAAACAAACAUAACCAUCAAGCGUAUACCUGGGGUUGAGAGAGUUUGUUUUUGUCCUUUUCAUAAGAUUAGGAAGGUUGACUACAGACUAUAUUAGUAACCAAGAACAUGCUAUUUGAAGGUGCUAGCUGGUUGAGGCCUUUCUAAAUUAAAAGCAAAUAUAUAUAAUCUGCUCUAAGAUCAGGAUCUCUGGUGUGCUCUUGUAUAGUAUCAUGAGAAUGUAUUUGUGGUUCUACUGAAUAUGAAACGCUCGUUUCCCAUGAAUCAGGGGCUAUGAAAGUGUAUAAUUUUUCUUCGUUUCCUGUAUCUCACUUGCAGCUUUAUAUUUGUUCAUUGGCCGUUGAAGUGUUCGUUCUGCAAUUGUGUACCAUGGGUUAUGG